AUGAGAUUGGCCAUCGUCAUCGCCAUCACCCUGGCUGCCUGUCUCGCCAUCUCUACCCGCCACACCGUCGACGCUGUUGCCCUUGCCCAUCCAGGAGAGGACAUCGAGAAAUACGCGGUUGAUCUGGGGAGCGACUUUGAGGAUGCAGAGGGAACAUACCACACCAUGGCCGAUCCCAAGAACGUUGACGAGUUCAACAACUAUGUGGAUACAUCAUCCCCGGACCAAGAGACUUUCGCCGGGAUCGAGGUCAGUUCGGAGGAGAGCAAGUCCUUCUUCCUCUCCCUCGCCAUGAUCGUCGUCUCCGAGAUUGGCGACAAAACCUUCCUGAUCGCUGCUAUCAUGGCGAUGAAGCACCCCCGUCUCCUCGUCUUCUCUGCAGCCAUCUCAGCCCUCGCCGUCAUGACCUUCCUCUCAGCCGCCUUUGGUCAUGCAGUGCCCAACCUGAUCCCUAGGACCUACACCAACUACCUCGCUGCCAUUCUCUUCUUCUGCUUUGGAAUCCGCAUGUUCUACGAUGGAUACCAUAUGACCGAAGAGGACGCCAAGCAUGAGCUCGAGGAGGUCACCCAGGAACUGCAGGACAAGGAAGAUCUGGAGAUGCUUCAGAGGGCAGAGGCUGGAUCCGCUGCCGACUCUGAAGCCAAUAUGGACGAGAACUCUGGGGACACAAGCGGCCUUGUCGGCCGUAGCUCUGCUCCUCACAGCAAGAACGAGGCCUCGGGGGUCGUCAACCUCUUCCAGCUCUUGUUCUCUCCUGUGUUUGUCCAGACUUUUGUGAUGACCUUCUUGGCCGAGUGGGGUGACAGAUCCCAGAUUGCGACGAUUGCCCUGGCGGCAGCACAUAACAUGAUCUGGGUCUCGAUCGGAGGUGUCUUUGGGCACUCGCUCUGUACAGGAGUAGCCGUCAUCGGAGGCAGGAUGCUGGCAUCGCGGAUCUCUGUUCGUACAGUCACCCUGGCUGGUGCUAUCGUAUUUGAGAUCUUUGCUGUCGUUUCUCUCUACGAGGCCAUCCACGAGGCAUGA